GUCGAUACUCUGAGAUGAUCGAUGGUACUUGAAAUACUCAGAGUUCGACUUUUGCAAAGAUCCAUUACAUUUGUAUUGACGAUUUCUCUAUAUUAAUUAAAAAAAAAAAAAAAAUUAAUUUUUCCAUUUACGAACGAAAUAAUUACUUUCGUUCACGCUGUUGCCUAAAUUUCUGUUUCACAAAUACACAAAUGACGUUAAAAUCUUAAAGAUUAACGUAAAAAAAAUUUUAGCCGAUGAAUUGUCAUAAAAAUGGUGGUGCAAACGUUACAAUGGACACGUUUCCUUCUCUCGGUUUGCGGAUGCGUGCCACCAACGUCGUGGAAAUCGUCGUUUAAAAAAUCGUUGUACAAUAUAUACACGCUCGUCAUAUGGCUGUUAAUACUGAGCCUUGUAUCCACCCAAAUAUUAGAUAUAAUUAUCAACGUGAAAAAUAAGAAUGAAUUUAUAGAGAAUUUUUAUAUCACGCUGGUUGUAUUCGUAACGAGUUGCAAAAUGACCAUUAUAUUAAGAUAUCGUAAGAAUAUUUUAUCUUUGAUCGACGAUCUUCAACACGAGCCUUUCUCACCGAUCACACACGAGGAAAACGAAAUCCGUACAAAAUUUAACAAAAUGAACGAGCGGACUUCGAUCUGUUACACAAUUCUGGUCUUAGUUUCCGCGACAUGGAUAUUCGUGAGAUCGUUCUUCACGGAUUUCAAAAAGAGAAAACUGACCUUUCGGGCAUGGCUGCCGUACGAUUAUUCGGAAUUGUUACCAUUUACGUUGAGUUACGUUCACCAAGCGACAACUUCAAUGUUCUGCUCCUGUCAGAACAUUUCAUGCGACACUCUGUUCGCUGGUUUUUUGGUUCAAAUUUACUGCCAAUUCGAAAUACUGGAGGAACGUCUGAAAAAUGUUCAACAAGACGAGUCCAAUUAUUCGGCGAAACAAUGCGUUAGACAUUAUCACCAAAUAUACAAAUUCUCUAGAACGUUGAACGAGAAAUUCAAGGUAAUACUCUUCUUGCAAUUUUGCGCGAUCUCGUUCAUACUCUGUUUCAAUCUGUAUCGAAUGACCACUAUAACGAUGAUUCCUAAAUUAUUGGAAGCAUCCCUAUAUUUGGUUCGCGUUUUAGUUCAGAUAUUAUACUAUUGUUGGUUCAGUAACGAAGUCAAAUUAAAGAGUCUCGAGGUGCCUGGCAUGAUAUUUAAAAGCGAUUGGAUAUCGUGGGAUGACAAGACGAAAAAAAUCUUUUUAAUAAUCAUGACACGAGCGACGCAACCUUUCGAAUUUACCAGUGGAUAUUUGGUGACGUUGAAUCUUGAAUUCUUCGUGGCGCUAAUAAAAGCUUCGUAUUCCGUCUUUAAUUUAUUGCAACGAAAAAAAAAAAUACACGUAAAGAUUUCUUCUUUUCUUUUUUCCCUAACAUCGACAAUGCGCAUACUGCGAUGGACGUUUCUCUUGUUCGCGUUGUGCGGUUGUUUCCCACCCGCGUCGUGGUCAACGCGUCUCAAAAGAUACUUGUACAAGAUUUACGCGGUAUUUUCAUUCAUAGCGCUGAACAGUUUCUUGCUCGCUCAAAUAUUGGAUAUGGUGUACAAUGUAAAAGACACGGACGAUUUCAGUGACAAUUUCUCGGUAACCGUGGUAGUAUUCGUCACAUGUUUCAAGCUGAUCACUAUACUGAUACGCCGUGAGAACAUUCUACUUUUGUGCAACACCCUAAACCAGGAGCCACUUUCGCCUAUGAACACGGAAGAAUUUGAAAUUUUCUUGAAAUUCGAAAAGCUCACCGAUUGGAACACACUUGGUUACUUCAUCCUGCUUAUGUUUUCUUCAUUGUGUAUACUGAUGGGAUCGCUUCUCGCAAAUUUCAAGAUCAGAAAAUUAGCGUUUCGAACGUGGCUGCCUUACGAUUACUCGACCGCAUCUGCAUUUCUGCUUGCCUUCGCUUACCAAAUUGUGGUUGCAACGGUGUGCACGUUCGCGUGCGUCGCAAGCGAUACUUUGUACAGCGGCCUGUUGAUACAUAUUAGCUGCCAAUUCGAAAUACUGGAGCAUCGUCUGAAAAACAUUGGAUCGGAUAAAAAUUAUACUAUGAAACAAUGUGUUCGUCAUCAUAAUCAUAUAUAUAAAUAUGGAGAGAUGGUGAACGAUGCAUUUCAAUCGAUCAUGUUCUUUCAAUUCUGCACGAGUCUGUCAAUGAUCUGUUUCAAUUUCUAUCGAAUAAUGCAAAUAGAAAUGGACUCAAGAUACAUAGGGACAAUCCUCUACAUGGCUUGCUCGUUAAUGCAGAUAUUUUACUAUUGUUGGUUCAGCAACGAAGUCAAGCUCAAGAGUUUGGAACUUUCCGAUAUGAUAUUCAGAAGCAAUUGGACAUCGUUGAAUAACAACGUUCAGAGGGCUAUUCUAUUGGUGAUGAGGCGUGCAAUGAAACCCAUUGAAUUUACCAGCAUUUACAUUGUAUCCGUGAAUCUUGAUUCCUUCAUGACAUUGUUGAAAAGUUCAUACUCAGCGUUCAGUGUGUUGCAACAGAGCCGAGAAUCAUAAAAACGAGCAAGAAAAUUUGCUUAACGUAGACCCGUCCUUUCUUCUUCGAUUCUUCCUGGUAGAUCAAGAGCAGGGAAGAAGGAAGAGAAGAAAAAGCAUGUUCGAAUAAAACACUCUAGAAAUAUACAAAAGUAUCGAGAAGUAAAUUUUAAUAAAUAUUAUAGGAAAAAAUAGAUAUAUAUUACGCACUUGUGUAAUAAAUUUCAUCCUCUGUCAA